AAAGUCAUUACAAAUCAAAUUAUUAUAGAGGCGGUUCCGUGUUCGACUUUUUAAAAACUUAAUUUUUCGUGUUUAUUUGUUCAUAAAGAGAACAGGUAUAUUUUCUGGCAGAAGAUGUCUGGUGAUAUGCAAGCAAGGAAGCGGAAAGAGAAGAAACGUAAAAAGGAUGAGGACGAUAAUGUUAUUUCUUCACCCACAUUGGGAAAUAUUAGUGAAAAUUUAACCGACAACGUAACUAUACAUAUUUAUAAAGAAAGUAGCACAGGUGGACAUUGGUGUGCUCGAAUUAUAUUUUUUGUUGUCUUAACAAUGCUUGUUGGUUUAAUUGGUGUAGUUAUAAUUGAGCACAGAGGUACUACAGACAUUAGUACACCAUUAGAAUCCUCUCGUUGGGCUUUCCUUUUUGAUGGAUGGGUAGAUGAUUCUUUGUCUUUAUCCAAUGAAGAAACACAUGAUAAUGGUCCUGAAGAAGCUAAACAAGAAGAUGAACUAAAACAUAAUGAAGAUAAUAAUAAUAUAGAAGCUACAGAAACUGAAAUUUUGUCUAAAGAAGAAACUGAGGAAGAUGAAAUAUUGAAUGAAUCUGUAGAACAAGAAGGGGAAACAUUAAUUGAAAAAGAAUCAAAUGAAGAACAUGAUGAAGUUUCUCAAAAUGAAGAAGAAAAUAGCAAUAUGGAAUUAAGUCAUGAGAAUGAAAUCGAAGACAAGGAGCAAACUAAAGUUAUAUUGGAAGAUGAUGAUACACAAGAAUUUGAUGAUUCUAAUGUAUUAGAAGAAAUAUAUAGUGCUAGUAAAGAAAACACUUCAGAUGAACAAAAUGUUUUAUAUGACGCAGAAAAUCAACUUGAAAAAAUAUUCAAAAUGACAAGAAAUGAAGAUAUAUUUGAGAAAUUUAUAGACAUUCCUGGUGUUAAUGAAAUUAGUGAUAAUAAUAUAGAACCUUUAGAGGAGGUAGAAAGCAUAGAACCUGAAGAAUAUGUUAAUGAUAUAGAUGUCAAGUCAGAAAUAAAAGAAGAAGAAGAAGAAGAAGAAGAAGAAGAAUCUACUAACGUGCCAAUGAAGUUUGGAGUUGGUGUGGCACUUAUUGUUGCUGCACAUUUUGUCCUUGUGAAACGAUGGAAUAAUGGGAAAUAUGAAACAGUGGAACAAGAUAAAAUUGGAAAAGUAGAAAUAAAAGCAUAUCAGAAAGAAGAAGAGAUACGGGUGGUAGAACAACAGAAAGAUGAAGAAAUUGAAAAUGCAAAACAACAGAAAUCAGAGGAAUGGGACAAUAAAGAAUUAAGGAAAGGAAAAAAUAAGGAAGAUGAAAAAGAGGAAGAGGAAGAGGGAGAAGUAAGCAAUUCAGAAGAAAAAGAAAACAAAAGAUGGAGUGGAAAGAAACAGAAGCAUGAAAAAAUAAUGUCAAAAGAAAAAGAAGAGGAGACAGAUGAAGAAGAAGAAGAAGAAGACAAUUUUGAUGAUUCUGAGUUAAUAGCAAAACUUGAAGCUAAAUAUGGAAAACUACAAACUAUAAAAGAUGAUAAUGAAAAAGAUAAUGAACACAAAAAAAAAAUUAGAAUCAAUAGUUUAAUAACACAGAAACAUAAAUAA